GUGGGAGUUUUGGCUUGAAGUUGAGUUAGCUAGAAAAAUCUAUGUGGCACUCUAAGCUAACUUCCAUUUUGUUCUACCAUUGAAGUUGCUCUACCAUUAAAGCAAUUAUUUUGUGAAAGAUGCGGUAAGGUUAGCCUUUCUAAAAAUCCAAGCAUUCCGCUUAAUCCAAAUACCAAUAUCAUGUAAAGUUGUAAACUACUUUUGGUAUUUUAGGUUUUUGAAGGUGAGGAUCUUGGGGGUUUAUUCUUUUCGACAUAAAAUAUUGUAACUUAAUUGAAAUGAAUUGAACUGAACUGAACUGAACUGAACUGAUGCAACUGAAUCGAAUUGAACUGAAAAUAAGUUGGAGAGAACUUGGAUAUAUGAAACUUGAUGUAUAACAAUAUCAUGGUAAAAUAACCGGAGUACAGAACACAAUUAGUGAAGUGGAAAGACAUAAAAAUUACUCUCUAGCAAUAAGGUGGAAGAAAUUUACAAAUCUCAAUGACUAUUUUUUAAUUAUCAAAAUCUCACAUAAGUUAUUUGGAUUUAGUGAUUUUUGUUCUUCUCUUACAUACAAAAAUUUAAAAAAUACAUUAAACUCGGGACAAGAUACUGGGAUACAAAAUCAAAUCUAUCAGAUAUUUUGUACCCAGUUUGAGAACCAUUCAAACUAGACAAGCAUCAUCCAAAAGUUUUAAAAAUAGAACCAAAACCAAUUACGAUCCGAAUCCCAAAAGCCGUAAUUUUGCUGACCUCUAAUCGGCUAAAUCGACACUCAAUGAUGGAUUUUCUAUACUUGUACAUUUCUUCUACUCAUAGUGAUUAGUGGGUUUAUUUUGUAUAAAGUCGUCGUUGCGAAUAUGCCAUAGAAAACGUGUUGCCAGCGUCAUCACCACGCAAUAAGGGAGGGAUUAGAAAUCAUUAAAACAUAACUGGGUUGACCAUUGAGCUAUAAUAUAGCACUUGCAUAUUUCCAGAAAUUAUCAUUGUCAACUCACAAAGAAGGAGCUUUCUUUGCACCAAACAAAACAAAAACAGAGAGAGAGAGUGAGAGACAGAGGAGUACUGGUAAAUUGUAAUGGCAGAAGGAGUUUUGUCCAACUUAGUUGCAAAGGCUCUGGAACUGUUGGCAACAUCAGCCUUUAAAGAGGCUUCAUCCUGGUGGGGUGCACGAGAUGAUCUGAAGAAGCUUGGGAAGAGCAUGGAGAUGAUCCAAGCUCGAGUUCGUGAUGCCGAAAAGUAUCAAGAAGAGGAAGGUAGCGAUGCUGUCAAACUGUGGCUUCGGAGUCUGAAGCUGGUGCUUUACCAAGCUGAUGACUUGUUUGAUCGUAUACUCACUGUUGAUAGACAGAAACAGCGCAGAAAACAAAAUCACGAGGUACACUUUUCCUUAAGGUCUAGCUCUCCUGUUUUAAACUGGAAUAUAGCUCGAGAUAUUAAGUCUAUCAGAGAACAACUUGAUGCCAUCAACUCUGAUAUGGCUGGCUUAAACUUGAGGGUCUAUGACCAUGGGGAAGAGCCACAACCUCUGAUGUCCCGCUUCAUGAAAAAGAGAGAAACAACCUCUUUUGUGGAAGCAGAAGAUGUCAUUGGUAGAGAAAAUGAUAAAGAUGUUAUCAUUCAGAUGCUUCUUGAUCCCAAAUAUGACGGGGAAAAGGUUACUAUUAUCCCAAUCAUGGGGUUUGGGGGUCUAGGGAAAACUACUCUAGCUCAAUUUGUUUUCAAUGAUCAGAGGGUUCAAAAAUAUUUUAAUCUGACUAGAUGGGCUUAUGUACCUGACAAGAAUGAUAGCACUGCUGUAAUGAGAAAAAUAUUCAACUCCUUCACGGGUAAAAACUAUCGUGAUCUCCCACUGGAAGAGCUUCAAUGCGGCAUUAGACAGUCAAUAGAAAGCAAGAAGUAUCUUCUUGUGCUGGAUGACAUCUGGGAUGAGACUGUUCAUAGAUUACAUGAUCUUGUGAACUUGCUGAAAUGUGGUAAACCAGGAAGUAAAGUAAUUGUAACUACACGCUCUGAUGUCGUUGCAAGAGGUCUUGGCACCAUUGAAGAACCCUACAAAUUGGGAACUCUAAGUGUUGAUCAGUCGUGGAAUCUUUUCGAAAGAUUGGCACUUAAACCACGACAAGAAGGGAGCAAUCUCAGUUCUUUGAGUGAGAUCGGGAAAGAUAUUGUGGAUAUGUGUGGAAACGUGCCACUUGCUAUCAAAGUUGCUGCAGGUUUCCUCUGUUCCAGAGACACUGCAGAAGAGUGGUUGUAUGUCAGAGAUGCUCAACGCUCAAAGGCACAACAUACAAUAGGUAGCGACAUCAUGCCUAUUCUGAAGUUAAGUUAUGAUGACCUACCACCAUCAUUGAAACAGUGCUUUGCUUAUUGUUCAUUAUUCCCGAAAGGCUAUAUGUUUAGGCAAACUAAAUUGGUUCAUCUAUGGAUGGCUCAAGGAUAUUUUGAAGAAUCAAGCAGAGAUAUCGGAGAUCGCUACUUUAUGGAAUUGCUGCGGAGGAAUCUAUUUCAAGAUCCUGAAGAAGAUCUUGAAGCGAACAUUACAAGCUGUAAAAUGCACGACUUAGUACAUGACUUGGCACAACAUGUAGCUGGUCACGAGAGCAUGGUGUUGGGUGAUUUGUCUUCAUCCCAAGUCAUAGAUGAACUUGUACAUGUAAAUCUUGGUAACUUUGAAGCUCCGCCAUUGUUAUUUGAGGCUAAAAUGUUACGGUCGUUGUUGUUAGCUACAGUUAGUACUGAAAGUGACGCAUUAAUUGUUAAACAUAUAUCCAGUUUCCAGUCCUUACGGGUCUUGAGCUUGAAAGGUUCUGGGAUUAAGAGGCUCCCAGAUUCUAUAGGGAGGUUGAUACAUGUGAGAUACCUUAAUCUUCGUAACUCUGACAUUGAAUAUCUUCCCCAAGCAAUAACAAGAUUAGAGAACCUGCAAGCACUUAACCUUCAUGGUUGUAUAAAACUGAAGGAAUUGCCAAUAGAUUUUACUAACUUGCCCAACCUGAGGCACUUGGCAAUUGCUGGCAGCGGUUUGACUACAUUUCCACCAGGAUUUGGUACAAUGACAUCUCUGCAAGAGUUAGAUGAAUUUAUAGUUGGGGACAACAAUGGAAUAGACUCGGUGCCAGCCUUGAAUCAUACUGGGAACCUCCAUAUAAAAUUCUGCAAGUGGCGCAAUGAUGCUGUUAUGGAAGCGCAAAGGGCAAAUUUGAAGGGUAGUGAGCGAUUAAGUAAUCUCACGUUAGAUUGGAAGUUAAUGAGAGAAGCUACUCCUACUUCUAGUGGAAUGAAUGAAAUGUUAAUGUACUUGCAGCUGCCUCCAAAUCUCAUAUAUCUACGAGUUGAUAACUACAGUGGAUAUGAGAUGCAAUGCAGGUGGUUAGAUGUUUUGUCUAAGCUAGUUUCCAUUAUAAUUUCAGAGUGUCGCAAUUGCAGAGUUCUUCCUCACUUGCGUCAGCUACCUCACCUGAAAAAUCUUACACUUGAACGACUUGAUACCUUGGAGUAUAUUGAAGAUGAGUGCGACAUCUGGGUUGGUGGAGAUUGUGGUCAUACAACCCAUUAUUUCCCAACCUUAGAGGUCUUAGAGUUGGAUGGAUUACCACGACUAAAGGAGUGGACAAGACCGUCAAAAAGUGGUGGUGAGCAGCGACGACAGUUGUUGUUUCCUCGUCUUUUGCAUAUAAAAGUAGAGGAUUGCAAAGAGUUGGUGUUGAUGCCUCUAGCACCAAAGUUGGAGUCAUUGAGCGUUAUUGAGGGAAAUGGAAAGUUGUUUGAAUCCAAUCUGGCGUCACCAAAUGAUGAAGCAUCAUCAUCUCUUUUCACAUCACUAAAGUACCUGCUUAUUAAAGGAACUAAGAAUGGACUAGUUUCUUUGUCAAUUAGUAGUAGAUUGUGUAAACUAGAAUCAGUGGAAAUAAGAAAUUGCGAGGAAUUGAGGAGUUUGAUGAUUGAAUCUCCAAGUUCCAUACGGGAUCUUAAACUAAUUGGGGUUAACUGUGGCAUUUGUAACAUACUAACAGGAGAUUUUCCUUUCAUUGAGACACUGGAGAUCUGGGGAAGUAGUGAAGAAUUAGAAGAGGGGAACACUAGCAUGUAUUGGCAAGGCUUAAGAAACCUCCGUCACUUGAGGUUAUGCAAAUUCAAGAACUUGAAGAAGCUCCCUCCAGGCAUUGCUUGCCUAACCAACCUUAUCAAUCUUGAUAUUAGACUAAUGUGUGAUAAAGUUGUCCUUGUGUUUCAAUAUAAAGGGUCUGAUGUGGAAGUUGUUGACGAUAUUGAUAAGGCAAUAAUGAAACACAUUGAGAUAGUAAUAGAUGCUGAUAUGGUUAAAAUAUUCAACAAUUUGCAUGAUAAGAAUAGGAUUAAUGUAUGGGUUGAUGAUGGUGAAAAUGAGACAGAUGCAGUUAAGCCUGUAAUUAGUUUGAGGAAAACUCAGGAUAAGGGAAAAUCUCCUAUGAAUAAUCCAGAAGUUGAACUACCAAUGAGGCCAACACUUAGGAGAGGCCUUAGACAUUUGGAGGUUGACAUGGGAGAUGAUGAUGACUUUGAGUCAACUGAUGAGUCAGGUUAUUCACCUACUGAGAGUGAAUGCACUGAUGUGUCUGAGAGUGUAGUGGAUAGUGAUGAUGAUGGAGAGCAUGAUGAUCUUUCAUAUGGACUAAUGAUCCAAGACUGUUUUGAUCCUUGUGAAGGACCUGUCUGGGUAAAUGAGGGUGGUGAUGAUGUUGUUGACUUAAAUUUGGCCAAGGUGGAUUACUGCAUCCAAUGUGGAUUUUCUGUUGUGGUUGACAAUGCUAGCAACUUUAGAUACACUGUUAGAUGCAGUGAUGAUAAGUGUGAGUGGAUAUUACAUGCUAGUAAGUUGCCUGAUGGGAGCACAUGGGCCAUCAAAUCCAUUCAAAACCAAGAACAUACUUGUCUAGGACUUGAGAAAAGGAAUCCUAUGGUCAAUUCAGCUUGGACUUCAAGGGUCUUAAUGGAAGAUAUUAGAGCAAAUAAUGACAUAUCUGCAAAGUCUAUAAAUAAACUUCUUUGGGACAGAUUCAGGGGAGAAAUGUCCAUUAUUACCCUAUACAGGAUGAGAACAAUGACAUUGCUUGAAAUACAUGGUGCACAUGAUAUUUCUUAUGGCCAUCUGCUUAAGUAUUAUGAAGUGAUGAAAAGCACAAACUCAGGUUCAACUGCAUUUUGUGCAUGGAAACCACCAAAUGAUCCCGAAAAGCCUCUGGCAUUUGUAUCCAUUUUCAUAGCUUUCAUGGGUGCAUUAGAUAGGUUGUUUGCAGGGUGUAGAAGUUUAAUUGGAGUUGAUGGCACCUUCUGGAAGGGACAUUAUGGUGGGUCCAUUGAAGCUGCAUUCUUUGCUUUAUGGCCUAAAGUGGGUAGAAGAUAUUGUUGCAAGCAUUUAGCUUCCAAUUGCCAGAAGGCCCAUCCACGCCCUUUGAUAUACCUUAAUCUUCAUAACUCUCACAUUGAAUGUCUUCCCCGAGCAAUAACAAGGUUAGAGAACCUGCAAACACUUAACCUUCAUCAUUGUUUGCGACUUAAGGAAUUGCCAAGAGAUUUUACUAAAUUACCCAACCUGAGGCACUUGACAAUUGCUGGGAGCAGUUUGACUACGAUGCCACCAGGAUUUGGUACAAUGACAACUCUGCAAGAGUUAGAUGUAUCUGUAGUUGGGGAAAACUCUGGUAUAGACUCGGUGCCAGCCUUGAAACUUACGAGGAACCUCCAUAUAAAAUUCUAUAAGAGGCGCAAUGAUGCUGUUUUGGAAGCGCAGAGGGCAAAUUUGAAGGGCAGUCAGCGAUUAAGUAAUCUCAAUUUAGAUUAUCGGGAGUUAGAGAGAGAAGAAGCUACUCCCUCUUCUAGUGGAAUGAAUGAAAUGUUAAUGUACUUGCAGCUACCUCCAAAUCUUAUAAAUCUUCGAGUUGGUAACUACAGUGGAGAUAAGAUGCAAUGCAGGUGGCUAGAUGUGUUGUCUAAGCUAGUUUCCAUUAUAAUUUCAGUGUGUAAUAAUUGCAAAGCUCUCCCUCACUUGAGUCAGCUGCCUCAUCUCAAAAAUCUUUAUCUUGAAAGGCUUGAUGCCUUGGAGUAUGUAGAAGAUGAGGAUGACAUCUGGGGUGAUGGAGAUUAUGGUUACACAACGCAUUAUUUCCCAGCCUUAGAGAACUUAAAUUUAAUUAAAUUACCACAAUUAAAAAAGUGGACAAGACCGUCAAAAAGUGAUAGUGAGCAGUGGCAACAGCGACAAUUGUUGUUUCCUCAUCUUUUGCAUAUGGAAGUAAAGGAUUGCAAAGAGUUGGUGUUGAUGCCUCUAGCACCAAAGUUGGAGUCAUUGGAGGUUACUAGGGGCAAUGGGAAGCUAUUUGAAUCCAAUCUAGCGUCACCAAAUAAAGAAGCAUCAUCAUCUCUUUUCACGUCAUUAAAGCACUUGCGUAUUGAUGGAACUAAGGAUUCUUUGUCAAUUAGUAGUAGAUUGUGUAAACUAGAAUCAGUAAAAAGUAGAUUUUGUAAUAUACUAAAAGUAGAUUUUCCUUUCAUUGAGACACUGGAGAUCAGGGGAAGUAGUGAAGAAUUAGAAGAGGGGAAUACUAAUUCAUAUGCAGACAAAAACUAACCAUGAGAGAGAAAACUAGAGAGAGAAGGAGAGAAAAGAAAAAAAGAAAACCCAGCCACAAAGCCCCCAGAAAACCAUCUCCUACAUCUAGAACAUUUCUACCUAACACCAUUAGAAUCCUAUGCAGCCUAAUUCUUUCGUGGAAUGCAUUACCAAGUUUCUCAUCUUUUCCAAUCAACUCAAAACAAGAUCAAAGCCACAAAAAUCAGAAAAAGCUGAUAACCCCAAGCCCAAAUUGCUCAAACAACUUCCUUUAUCCAGCGGGUAAAAGAGUAAACCCUCAUCACCUGAUUUUCUUCAAAAAGCUGA